AUGGUGAUGAAGCUUGCUGUGUCCAUCUGUCUAGUGAACAUCAUCUCCUGCACCUUGUCCUGUGAACAGGGAGAAGAUGUUGACCUCUGCUAUGUUCUCUAUGGGAAAGAACAGUUCCAAGCCCAACUGGCCAAUUUUUAUCCUGUGGUACGGACACUGUUUGUCAGUGGCCUUCCUGUGGAUAUCAAGCCCAGAGAGCUCUACCUACUCUUCCGACCAUUCAAGGGUUAUGAAGGGUCACUGAUCAAGCUAACUUCAAAGCAGCCGGUUGGUUUUGUGACCUUUGACAGCCGGGCUGGUGCUGAAGCAGCAAAGAAUGCCUUGAAUGGCAUCCGCUUCGACCCAGAGAACCCCCAGACCUUGCGGUUAGAGUUUGCUAAAGCCAACACAAAGAUGGCCAAGAGCAAGCUGAUGGCCACGCCAAACCCCACCAAUAUCCACCCUGCCUUGGGUGCACACUUCAUUGCACGGGACCCCUAUGACCUGACUGGGGCGGCUCUUAUUCCAGCAUCCCCUGAAGCAUGGGCUCCCUACCCACUGUACACCACGGAGCUAACCCCUGCCAUCCCCCAUGCCGCCUUCACAUACCCAGCGGCUGCUGCUGCGGCUGCUGCUCUUCACGCUCAGAUGCGCUGGUAUCCUCCCUCUGAAGCUACCCAGCAAGGAUGGAAGUCUCGUCAGUUUUGUUAGUUUGUUAUGUCUCUCCUCAGCUUGUGUUCCUCCUCCUCCCUGCCUCUCCGCGAAGGGAUGUGCCAGGGAUGAUUGCUCAGACUCCUCUCGGUUUGAUUUGCGGCCAGUGGACAAGGCUCCUGGCCCUGGUGUGCUCCCCCCUGGGGCUG